GAUACGUUUCUCGCGGAGGGAAAGUAAAUAUCGAGUUAAAGUCAUGCAGGCCAUCAAGUGUGUGGUCGUCGGGGACGGAGCUGUGGGUAAAACAUGCCUGCUGAUCAGCUACACAACCAAUGCCUUUCCAGGAGAAUACAUCCCCACAGUAUUCGACAAUUACUCCGCAAACGUGAUGGUGGAUGGGAAACCAGUGAACCUGGGUCUCUGGGAUACAGCAGGACAGGAGGAUUAUGACAGACUUCGUCCCCUGUCAUACCCUCAGACGGACGUGUUUCUCAUCUGCUUCUCCCUUGUGAGCCCUGCCUCUUUCGAGAAUGUUCGUGCAAAGUGGUAUCCAGAAGUGAGACACCACUGUCCAAACACUCCGAUCAUCCUGGUAGGAACCAAGCUCGAUCUGAGAGAUGACAAGGACACUAUUGAGAAACUGAAGGAGAAGAAGCUCACUCCCAUCACCUACCCUCAAGGCCUGGCGAUGGCCAAAGAGAUCGGGGCCGUCAAGUAUCUGGAGUGCUCUGCCCUAACGCACGGCCUUAAGACGGUGUUUGACGAGGCCAUCCGGGCCGUGCUCUGCCCUCCGCCUGUCAAGAAGAGGAAGAGGAAAUGCCUGCUGCUCUAGAGUUCCGAGGAAAGCUUGCUGUGAUCCAAACUGUAUUUCUAAGGGGAGAAGUUAGAAAUGAGACUUCCUCCAUUGUAAUUACCAGUACAACUUUAUACCUUCGCAAAACUUUUAUCAAUAUUAUCAGUAGAUGUAGUUAAAAACCGAUCCCCAACCCGUCUCCCGUAGACAGACGCCUACUAUUGGACGACCUGCGGCCUUUGACUAAUGGAUAUUAACUUCUAGACGGUUAACAAUGUCCUUAAGUUGGUUCCUUCCAUUGAAAACCCGUUACGUUUGUUUACAGUCUUUGUUUGAAAGAAAUGAAGAUCUUGCCAAAUAGCACUACGUUAGGACGGGGGUGCCCGAGUGUUGCUUUUUACCCCCCCAAAGGUCUGCAGCCAUUCGGCAAACCGGAGCUAGCUGUCGGCUUCAAAGCGAUAAAAGUGAAGUCCGCUUGAAAGCGCAAGGUCCUGUU